AUGGCGACAACUAGAAUCUUUGCUCGGAGGGGUUUACCGUCACUACCGGAGCUCGGAACGGUUUUGGAGGAUGAUGCGAUCUCACAAUCGUCGAUUACGUCGUCACAGUCCAGCGUUUCUUCGUCGUAUCAACAAGCACUGACGUCGGUAUCCUCCUUUACCAGUCCGAUCGCAAAAGUCUACGUCGCCGAAGAACAGCAGUCGCAGCAAGCACAGGAGGAUCAAGAGUCAAUUAUUUAUAAAGAGCCGGAAGAGGAGGCGUGGAGAGAUCAUGAUGAGGCUCCGGCUAGGCUUGGGUUGACCUGUGAAUGCGGGUGCCCCGAGGAGGAACUGUGUAGAUCGAGCUUGGAUCUCGGGUAUACUGGGCUUGAUCUGGAUCAAACUGGCGCAGGAUGGGAAUACAUCAACUACUUUGCGCAUUCAGACCUGUCUCCGAGUGAGGACCCCCUAUACGAGAUCAUGGCGCAUUCAACCCCCAAAGUCACUGAGUCCCACGGGUCUGAGAUCGCUCUAGACGCUGAGGCUUUCGCAUCGGUUACUUCACUCCCGCUGUCUGUCGCUUCAGCAUCCUCAGACGCCACUACUGCAUCUGGCAAGAAGGUAAAGAAAGGUGCUGAGAUCUUUCGCAAGGUCUUCUCUGCAAGGACAUUGCGUCUGCGCAAGAAGUCGUCCGUUCCGGCUCUGAAGGAGGUGCUGGAUCAGCCUAUUUCUCCUCUCCACCCACCGCCGAAUCUCCCUCACAUCAUGGCCCUUACUCUCGACGAAGACGACAGUCUGUCCUCGACGCCCUUGGAGAGGGUGGACUCGGAGUAUUGGGAUUCUCCUGCCAUGAUUGCACACCCCACGACGCCUCCUCUGCCUGAUCUGAUCAUCGAGCAGGUGUCGGUGCCUAUGGCAACGGUGUCCGUUCCCUCGUCUUCCGUUCCAGCGACGCCCACCAUGAUCACGUCUGCAGAGAUGGAGGCUCUCCUGUUCGACUCGCCAACAUCUUCCUCGUCACUGGCACCUCCAAUCUCCUCGCCAGCUCCUUCGCCCUCGCCAGCAUCGUCGAUGAUCUUCAGUGAAGCCUCUUCCUCGAUACUGUUGAGUGGACCGGUCAAAGCGGCACCCCUCUCGCUGGACGAGAUGGUGGCGAACAUGAGGUUGGAGGAUGCUGCAUUUGCGGCUACUGAACGCAAGCUCGUCGAGUCUGGGUGGAGUACCGCUCAGGAGAUCAGUGAUGUUAGGAGGAGGCGAGAAUCUGCUCGCAGAAGCUGGGAUGCCAAGAUCAGGGUGGCACAGGAUGAUGCCGCACAUUUCGAAAGCGGAUAA